CGAUUAUCUGCGGGGCCGCUCAGUGUUGUGUGUCCCGCGGGCAGGGCCCGAGUUACAAGCGCCAGGAAUCCAGACGGUGUUUGGAGAGGGGGCGGCGGGGGUGGCCGGUAAUUAGUGUAAACCCUUUGUCUGCCUUUGAUACGCUCAGCUCCAACGCGCCGCUCUUCCUUCGCCCGGAGCCCGGCGCCGAGGGGGCCGGACCCUGGCUUUGCUGCCGCGACCUGGGUCUCGCGGGCCUGUGCCCUGCGCCCCGAGUGGCGUCCGGCCCGGCUCGCAGUGACCGCGCCCCUACCCCAGGUCGGACCAGCGAGAUGACGCGGAGCCCUGCGUUGCUGCUGCUGCUGCCACCGCUGCUGCUGGGGGCCCUCACGCCGGCGGACGCCGCGCGAGGACCCCCAAGAAUGGCAGACAAGGUGGUUCCAUGGCAGGUGGCCCGGCUGGGCCGUACUGUGAGGCUGCAAUGCCCAGUGGAGGGGGAUCCACCACCGCUGACCAUGUGGACCAAAGAUGGCCGUACAAUCCACAGCGGCUGGAGCCGCUUUCGUGUGCUGCCCCAGGGGCUGAAGGUGAAGGAGGUGGAGGCCGAGGACGCAGGCGUGUAUGUGUGCAAGGCCACCAACGGUUUUGGCAGCCUCAGCGUCAACUAUACGCUCAUCGUGAUGGGUCAGUCAGUGUAUGAUGUUAGUCCAGGGAAGGAGAGCCCUGGGCCAGGCAGCUCCUCUGGGGGCCAGGAGGACCCAGCCAGCCAACAGUGGGCGCGGCCCCGCUUCACACAGCCCUCCAAGAUGAGGCGCCGAGUGAUUGCACGGCCUGUGGGCAGUUCUGUGCGGCUCAAGUGUGUGGCCAGUGGGUACCCACGGCCUGAUAUCACAUGGAUGAAGGACGACCAGGCCUUGACACGCCCAGAGGCCAGUGAGCAUAGGAAGAAGAAGUGGACUCUAAGCCUCAAGAACCUGCGGCCUGAAGAUAGCGGCAAGUACACAUGCCGUGUAUCCAACAGGGCGGGUGCCAUCAAUGCCACCUACAAAGUGGAUGUGAUCCAGCGGACCCGAUCCAAGCCAGUGCUUACAGGGACACACCCUGUGAACACAACAGUGGACUUCGGCGGGACAACAUCCUUCCAGUGCAAGGUGCGCAGCGACGUGAAGCCUGUGAUCCAGUGGCUAAAGAGGGUGGAGUACGGCUCCGAGGGCCGCCACAACUCCACCAUCGAUGUGGGUGGCCAGAAGUUUGUGGUGCUGCCCACAGGCGAUGUGUGGUCACGGCCUGAUGGCUCCUACCUCAACAAGCUGCUCAUCUCUCGGGCCCGUCAGGAUGAUGCUGGCAUGUACAUCUGCCUGGGUGCCAACACUAUGGGCUACAGUUUCCGUAGUGCCUUCCUCACCGUAUUGCCAGACCCCAAACCUCCAGGGCCUCCUGUGGCCCCUUCGUCCUCAACCACAAGCCUGCCGUGGCCUGUGGUCAUCGGCAUCCCGGCUGGUGCUGUCUUCAUCCUAGGCACCAUGCUGCUAUGGCUCUGUCAGGCCAAGAAGAAGCCAUGUGCCCCUGCAUCUACGCUCCCUGUGCCUGGGCAUCGCCUUCCAGGGACAGCCCGAGACCGCAGCGGGGACAAGGACCUGCCCUCAUUAGCUGUGGGGCUGUGUGAGGAACAUGGAUCUUCCAUGGCCCCCCAGCACCUCCUGGCCUCUGGCUCGGCUGCCGGCCCCAAACUGUACCCCAAGUUGUACACAGAUGUGCACACACACACACAUACACAUGCACACACACACUCCCAUGUGGAGGGCAAGGUUCAUCAGCACCAGCAUGUCCACUAUCAGUGCUAAAUGCAGCCUCUCCUCAAGCACUGUGUUCUGAGGUGGGUGUAUGAGAACCAAGGCAACAGGCUAGGAGGAUGGAGAAUGAUUGAGGGAGAGCACCCUAGGGUGCCCCACGGUAGGCACUCAUAUGUUUGGCUGUCUAGAUGGACAUACUGCCAGAUGGACACACAGACACACACACACACAAGCUAAGAAGCCUUCAGGAAGAUUUGUCAGUUGUGACUUUUGCAGUGACAUGUAGCAAUGGCUAGUUGAAGGAAUCUCCCUUGAGUCAUGGUGGCCAUGGCCUCUCCCCAACCCCUGCCCACUUGUGUCUUUGCCUGGCCUUGGUGGCUACCUUUGCCUCUGCCUGCCCUGGGUGUCCAGGAGCCCACCAGCACCCUGACUGGUGUAGGCAUUGGGGCCAGGCCUAGAGGCUCCAGCCACCCUCCUGUUGCCAGAAAAAAAAAGGCCUCAAUAUUUAUAUUUAAGAAGUGAAAUAAUAUUAAUAAUGAUGGAAGGAGGGCUGGGCCACAGGACUCCGGCCUGUUCUGGGGCCUAGGGCCUGCCUGGUUUUGUGGCUACAUUGGGUGUCCUUAUCCCCUUGGGGCAAGGUAUCCCCCCUCCACCCAUGGUUGCCUGGCCUCUGUAAUUUUAUAUAGAGUUUGAGCUGAAGCCUCUUAUAUUUAAUUUAUUUUGUUAAAUCUGAAAGUACCUCCUUUUCCUCAC